AUGAAGGCCUUUGAGGCAGUGUCUACGUCUACGUGCACCCCCGACAUGGACCAAGUCACACAUGUGUUCGAUAUCUUUGGUUACAGCAAGUACAGGGGUAUGGGCAACGACAACAGCAGCCACAUACGGUCCGGGAUCUUUGCUGUUGGCGGCCACGAUUGGGCCAUCCGCUUCUACCCUGAUGGCAGCGGCAAAGAAUCCAAAGAUUACAUCUCCGUUUUCCUCCAGCUUUUGGGCGAGGCUGCUCAAGUCCUGGCGUCCUGCGACCUCAGGCUGGUCGACCAGCACACCGGAUUAUCGUCUUCUGUGCAUAAAACCGGACCUAGGAUUUUCAACUCCGAUGAUAGUUCCAUCGCGUUUGCUCCACAGCAUGCUCAGUUCAAAAGGCGAAGCGAGAUCGAGAAUUCCAGAUACCUCAGGGAUGAUCGCCUCACGAUUGAAUGCAUCGUCACCGUUGUUAAAAAGCCACAUGUAACCCAAACCAGAUCCUUCCCCAAGAUCAGCAUUCCGCAAUCCGACAUGGCUGAUCACGUUGGCAGGCUUCUGGAAGGAAAGGAUGGGUUUGAUCUCAGCCUCAGCGUCGGAGGAGAGACUUUCCAAGGGCAUAGGUUAGUUCUCGCCAUGCGGUCGCCUGUGUUUAGAGCGGAGCUCUACGGGCCAAUGAGGGAGGCGACGACGACGGGGCAACGCGUAACCAUCCAAGACAUGCAGCCUGCCGUUUUCAGGGCCAUGCUCCACUACAUCUACACUGAUUCUUUACCCGCCAAAGAUCUCGAGGGAGACGACAACACCGAGAUGAUCCGGUUGCUGCUGGUAGCUGCGGAUAGGUACGCCAUGGAGAGGCUCAAGCUGGUCUGCCAAAGCAUCCUCUGCGAGGAUCUGAACGAGGACACAGUGGCAACCACGCUGGCUUUAGCCGACCAACAUAGCUGCGAUGAGCUUAAGAGUGCUUGCCUUCAGUUUAUCGAGAUAUCGAUGCCAUGGACGAUGGACGCCGUAGUGGCAUCCCAGGGCUUCCAGGAUCUCAUGGCGACUUGCCCAUAUCUCGCAGUGGAAGCACUUGAGAAGAGAAGAAAGUCCCUGGAUAGCCAUAUAUAG